CACGUGCAGUGGGGUAUCCCCACCCCCUUGGGGGGCGGGGUCGUGCUCAGAGCCAAUGAGAGCUUGGGGGGAGGAGGACUAGGGAAGCUUCCAGAGGCAGAUGCGGAGGAGGUUAUAAAGGGGGCACCGACGGGCCGGCGAGAGAGCCAUGCAGUCCAAGCGGGAGUGUGAGCUGUGGUGUGAGAGGGUGAAUCCCGAGAACAAGGCGGCGUUGGAGGCGUGGGUCAGGGAGACGGGCAUCCGCCUGGUGCAGGUGAACGGGCAGAGGAAGUAUGGCGGGCCACCCCCAGGCUGGGUGGGCAGCCCGCCGCCGGCCGGGUCAGAGGUGUUUAUCGGGCGGCUGCCCCAGGACGUGUACGAGCACCAGCUGAUCCCACUGUUCCAGCGCGUGGGCCGCCUCUACGAGUUCCGCCUGAUGAUGACCUUCAGCGGCCUGAACCGCGGCUUCGCCUACGCGCGCUACAGUUCGCGGCGCGGCGCCCAGGCGGCCAUCGCCACGCUGCACAACCACCCGCUGCGGCCGGCCUGCCCGCUGCUCGUGUGCCGCAGCACGGAGAAGUGCGAGCUGAGUGUGGACGGGCUGCCCUUGGGGCUGAGCCGCCGAGCGCUGCUGCUCGCGCUGCAGCCCCUGGGUCCCGGCCUGCAGGAGGCGCUGCUGAUGCCCAGCCCCGGGCUGGCGCCCGCGCAAAUUGCACUGCUCAAGUUCAACUCGCACCGCGCCGCCGCCAUGGCCAAAAAAGCCCUGGUGGAAGGGCAGUCACGCCUCUGUGGAGAGCAGGUGGCAGUGGAGUGGCUUAAGCCAGACCUGAAGCAGCGACUCCGCCAGCAGCUCAUGGGUCCCUCACUGCAGAGCCUACAGCCAGAGGGCAGUUGGCUGGCCCCAGCCAGGGACAAGCUAAAGUCCCAAGGGGCUCGGGCUGCCCUGCAGCUGUUGUGCCAACGGAUGAAGCUGGGCAGCCCCGUGUUCCUCACCAAGUGUCUGGGCACAGGCCCUGCCGGCUGGCACCGCUUCUGGUACCAGGUGGUGAUCCCUGGGCACCCAGUGCCCUUCAGCGGCCUCAUCUGGGUGGUGCUGGCCCCGGACGGGCAGGAUGGGCACGAGGUGGCUAAGGAUGCUGUGUCUGCCAGGAUGCUAGAGGCACUGAGGGAGUCAGGAGCCAGCCUUGUACGGUCUGCUGGAGCUGAGGCAGGUACCGUGGUUAAGCAGUGACCCUGUCCUCUUCACAGGCAGCCUGCACGAGCUGGCAGGGCUUGUGUUAGUCCCCAGCCCAGCAGGCCUGGGCAGCCGCCGUCUGAUCUCAAAGAGGAGGAGCACGGGCCACGCCCUACCUCUGACACAGCCUCCCAGCUGGGGCAGGGCCCCAGGAGGCCUGGGAAAGCUCAGGUUUGGCUAAGUU